GCCACGGAAACGACUGGCUAAAGUUUAGUGUGUUCAGAUGCAAUAGCAGCGCAACCAGCCUAAAACCAGAAUAUAUUUAAUUGCAUUUAUUCUUCUGUAGAAAUGGGAAACGGUCGCAAAGCGUCCUGUGUUCUGUGUCAGCGGUCAGAAGAGUCAAAUACAACUGGAGCUUUAUCAACCAAAGACCAAGUAACUGCUCACCAGGAUUGUCUGUUAUACUCCUCUGGUAUAUAUUCCACGGCUUCGCCAGCAUAUGACGACCUGUUUGGUUUCUCUGUGGCAGAUGUGUUGGAGGAGGUGAAACGAGGAAGCAGACUGAUUUGUUAUCACUGCAAGAAAAAGGGCGCCACUGUUGGCUGUGAGGUUAAACGCUGCAAAAAGUCCUUCCACUACCCUUGUGCAGUAGAUGGGGGGGAUAAGCCUUUUGAGGAUAAGCAGCAUGGGAAAUAUGGGCUAUAUUGCUUACACCACUAUGAACAAAAAAAUGGUGAAACUGUGAACGGCCUCAGAAAGCCUCAAACCUCCAAGAAUCCCAAAGAAGCCGGACCACUGAAGACUUUUUGUUUAACCUGUGAGAAGACAGAAGGGAAUAUCAGCUUGGAUAGUUUGUCUAAAAGCAUUGUUAUGUCAUAUUGUGAUAAACAUGCUCCUUCAUCAUACAAGAGGCAAAUCGACAGUAACGAUGAGCCAUCAAGAGCUGGACCAUCUUCGUACAGCAGCGCUUCAUCCAGCGAGACUCACUGCUCUUCCAAGAGACGAUUGAGCUUUCAUGACGAGGGCGAAGAGGAGCCUGUCAUUAGGCGGAAAUAUAAACGGAAAAGAACCAUAUCCGUGGAUUCUUUAAACUCAGAUGUAAGCAGUCUUAUUCCCCCAAUAGAGUCGGAUAUGGAUGAAAGUGUAAAUUCUUUACCACAGCACCAGCCAACUGUCCCUCAGCAACUCCGCCAAGAACCUGAGAGACCCACUGAUUCCCUCACAGGAAAUCAGCCAAUCAGUGAUUAUGCAGACGUAAUCAGUAAUGAAGACGAUACGAUCAUUGACUCAGAUGCUGAGUCAGAGAGUUUGCUGCCUCCUGUAAAGAACCACAUUGAGGUGCCUUCUGAAGCCUCAGCUCUGACUGCAUCAACUCCACAGCCCCACACAGUUUCGGUUCAGGUGCAGACAAUCAAGAAAGAGUAUGGAGGGUCGAGUCUUUUGCAGAGUCCUGCCCACAGUCCUGAGCAAAACACCUGUUGGCCUUCUGUCCCACAGCAGAACUGUGCUGCACCCCUGUCUCCACCCUCUCCGUCCUCUCCUCCCUCAGAGCCCUCCAAACUUGGCAAUGUUACUGAUUCACCUCCACGCACCACCGCUCCAGCCACUUCCCCCGCUCCACCUGAACCCAACUACGUUACCCUUCUCCCCUCCCCUUCUCUCCCACUUUCCCCAGCACCUCCCUCAGACUUUCCCUCAAUCCAUCCCUCAGACCCAGAGUCCAACAUCGACUCCAUUAACUUCUGGAGGAGCUGCAACACAGCUGGUUGUACACAGGACAUCCUCACUGAUUUCAUUAAUAAAAUGAAUGAUAUCUUCAGCAGAAUCCAGACUGAUCAGGCUAGCAAAGAGGAUUAUGAUCGUGCUUUAUCGGUGAUGGCAGCUUCUGGCAAACUUGCAGAGUUUGUGGCCAAACAGCAAGAAGAAUUACAAAGGAAACAAAUGGAACUGCAAAAAGCAGCAGAAGCUAUGAAGGAAAUGGUCUCAGCACUGAAGAAAUGAAUCCAUCAUCAGCUGGUGCAACGGUUCCAGUUUCAUAGAUUUUCCUUUUUUCAUCUUUACUGAAAGUUACUGUUUUCAUAGUUCUCAUUUUUAAGACGUACUUUUAUAUUUAAAAGGUUUGUUGUUUGUUUUUUUAAAUGUCAGUAGUGUUGAGGAUUCCAAAUUAUGAAUCUCUUCUGUUAGGGCUGACAAAAACAUUAACAGGCAAAAAAGAAUUUUACUAAAAAUCUACUAUAUUGAACUUUAUGAGCUGAACAGUUUGUAUUUUCAAGUUGUAAAAAAAGUUAGAUUUAUUUUAAAAUAAGAUCAUUUAUUGUUAGAGAAGCUAAAACAUCCGACCACCCUGGCGGGUUAAAAGCUGUUCUGUGUUUGUGAACAUCUUACAAGUUCUCAGAGCUUAAAGAAAAAAAAUGUGUUGAAGUGUUUGAGGAAUUUUACUUUUUUGAAGAUACAGAAUUUUUCUAGUUCCAUUUAUGAUCAGGAAUACAUUUUAUUUGUGUGUUUUUUAAGAAUAAAUUCUUACGUAA